GCGAAGUGGUGUGGAUGUCGAUGCGCUAGUCGUCCAGCUAUCACACAACUGAAACUUCCGUAUCUCUUACAUCACUCAAGUUAUUCAGCGUGUUUAAACGAAUAUUAAAUAAUACAACAUGGAACUACUGUCACCACCUCACACUCCUGAUUCUCCAAAAGCAAGGAGAGAUGUCAAAGGCUUCUUGUCAUCUAAUAGUUGUCUGAGUGGGUCAUGUCUCGUACCCCUUAAGAAGCGUAAGCACGUGCUGGCGAACUCCUACGACGAUGCCCCAUCACAAACGUGCCCAACUAUGACACCGUCACCUAACUCACCCGCUCUUUUACCAAGUUGUAAUUCACCUCCUCUAACUCCCCCUACUAGUGAAAAAACUCAUCCAUACUCCAUCCCACGUACAAGUGUCCCCUCUGUUUUGUCAGAGGGAAGCAUUCAACACUGCAGCACCAGACUUGAUUAUGGUCCUGAUAGUGGAAGGGGCGAGCUUCGAACACCGUUGCAGGGUAGUCGGAAUAUCCCUGAGUACAUACCGAAUUUGGAGGAUUUACCUAAGGACUGUACAACUAAGUAUUCGAGCCAUCGAAUUCUGCAUCACGUUCAGCCUAUUCAAGAUAGCGCUGUUAAUCUGACUAAUUAUCCAUUGAGCCCGAAUCCUUGUGGAUAUGGAGGAAACUCUCUUCUUGAUCGACAUGACACGGAAUUUUAUAGAUAUCAAGAUGCCUACAACUCGGUGAGUAUUGAAAUCGGUCGGCGAUGCCAAGAAGACCGUAAUCCUUCAUGUUUCAUAAACGACGCAAGUAGUUCCUCGUACAUAACUUUAGAGCGUCACAACGUUACUGGUUUCACUUCAAGCGAAUAUCAAUUGCCCAUUCAGGACGCCGCACGAGAUGAAUUAGGACGUAAGAUCAUGCCACAUAUCUCAAGUUUUGAUCAUAAUUCAGGUCAAAGCAAAAUCAAAAGUGGAUUUUCUUCGGUUCCGGCAAGGUCUCCUAUGCUAGGACCAUGUUACAUAGAGCUCGACCUAACAAAUGACGGCCAUGGAGAACAAGUUCAUCAGCAAGAUUAUUCUCAUCAAAGACCGAGCAGUGGCCCACUGUCCCCUCCCAGUCUCUCAACACACUCUUCUCAUAACGAGUAUGUAGACGAUCAGAGACGACAUCAUGCCACCUACUCUGCAGCCGAUACACGAACCCCUGAGUAUACCGAGUCGAGUGCAACCUCAUACCAAGCACCUCAACGGAUUCAUCAUAUGUCAGCAGAUGAUGGUCGAAUCUCCAAAACACCUGUUGCAACUACUCAAGCUUCGCUCAACUAUUCUGAUAGUCUGAAGAACUCCAUGUCAUCUAAAAUGUUGUCCCAAAAGCCAGGAGAGUCAAAUGGGACAAAGAAACCCAAGAAGAAUAAGUUUUGCUACUUCAUUGCCGGUAAGCCUUUGGAGGACAUAACAUCAGGUCCUAUACCUCAAGGCACGCCUGCCUCUGACGCAGAAACCAACUUUAAAGUUCACUCCACAAACGUUGCCGAGUUAUCGGAAGUCUUCAAUGAAUUAGAUUCUUGUGAUCGACACUAUUGCCAUGCCCGCAUGGCGGUCACCAAAGACACGUCAAUAAGUCCCGAGAAUUCUAGAGACGAUGUCUCCCCCAACGUGGCCAGUCCAGGAGAAAAGUCCCUGAAUGCUGCUCAGUACAUGCCACAUAUCAAAGAUUCGACAUUUUCCGCUACUGCCAGGAAAAAGAAGCCGCGUUGCAGUCUGUGUCUGAAUCACAACAAGUCUGUCGACUUGAGGGGACACAAAGAUGUUUGCGAGUUCCGAAACUGUACUUGUGAUUAUUGUAUAAUUACAAAAAAACGAAGAGAGGCUUACAAAAUCCAACAGAAUCUCAACAGAAGGCAAGACAGGGAACGUCAAAACUUUGAAAGAUAGAGGGAAAACAACAUUCAUCUCCUUGAGUCUGAACAUUUAGUGCGAGGCGCGGUCUUAUUUCGCUGACAACACUCGGGGUUUUUUUCAUUCAUUAUAAAUUGAUGAGCUCGUGACAUUGAGGUUCUGUUUUUCUCUCUUAUGAUACAUGUACUAGAGGAGUUGAAAUUCAGGAAAUGAAAGUUGCAAAUCACUUUAUGUUGAGUAUUUACUACAUUAAUUGCUUGCUAACUUCAUUUGA